CUCUUUCUUUUUCCUCUCUCUAUAUAUUGGUCGCAUCUCUCCUCGGACUUUAAAUAUUUCCCAGACUCUCUCAACCCACCCAAGAAACGAAGUCUCUGGUCGAAUUCUUUAUCAGGAAGAAAUGGGUCGCUCAAGCCGCUCAAGCCGAACCAUUUAUGUGGGAAAUCUCCCCGGAGAUAUCCGUGAGAGUGAAGUGGAAGACUUGUUUUACAAGUAUGGUCGUAUUGUGGAUAUUGACUUGAAAAUUCCUCCUCGACCACCUGGUUAUGCAUUUGUGGAGUUUGAUGAUUACCGUGAUGCUGAUGAUGCUAUUCGCGGUCGAGAUGGUUAUAACUUUGAUGGUCACCGAUUAAGGGUUGAACUCGCACAUGGUGGGCGAGGAUCAUCAUCAUCAUAUGAUCGCUACAGCAGUUACAGUAGUGGAGGGAGUCGUGGUGGUGUUUCAAGGCGCUCUGACUAUCGUGUUUUGGUCACAGGGCUGCCACCUUCUGCUUCAUGGCAGGACUUGAAGGAUCACAUGCGUCGAGCAGGUGAUGUCUGUUUCUCUCAAGUUUUCCGUGAUCGUGAUGGUAUGAGAGGGAUUAUUGAUUACACCAACUAUGAUGAUAUGAAGUACGCGAUACGGAAACUUGAUGAUUCUCUGUUUCGCAAUCAGUAUUCCCGGGCUUACAUACGGGUGGAGGAGUACGAUCUACGAAGAAGCUUCUCCAAAAGUCCUAGUAGGAGUCCUGGCUAUUCAAGGAGUAGGAGUCCUGGCUAUAGCUACAGCAGCAGGAGCAGGAGUGCUUCUCCAAGGGCCAGAUACUCUCGUCGCUCUCCAUCUAGAUCUCUCUCAAGGUCUGUUUCAUCAGGGGCUCUGUCUGACUCCCCUCGUUAUGUUUCAAGAUCUCCAAGGAAAUUUAGAAGCCCAAUACUAUCUCGCCGCAAAUAUGCAAGCAGAAGUCCAAGCCUUAGUAGGAGCCGCAGCAGGAGCAUCUCUGGAUCUCUAUCUCCUGUGAGAUCUGAUUGAAGCUGAUUCAAGCUCUACCUGGCUGACUUUAAAUGAGGGUUCUACGGAGCAGACUUAGGACCCAAUCAUUUGUUCCCUGGGAUUUGGAUUAGUAAUAUUGUGUUGCGGCUUUUGCAAGGAACAUGCUGUCACCUUCAUCCCCCCUUCACAGAACUUACAUGACGUAUGAAUUUGGCCUGAUAAAUAUGUAUACCUUAUGAUGUGGAGAUUGAUUUUCGCAUUAGAACUUCUGAUUACUGUGUCCUCUCUUGUCGGCGCUCUCAUUUUCCUUCUGCAUAUCCUAUCCUUAUAUAUUAUGGUUGUCGUCUUACGCAUCAAUGGGUAUAUAUAGCGCUGUUGCUUUUAUUGA